AUGGCUAACACAUUGUAUGGAUAUUUCUUGGGGGAUCGGGUAGCAUAUCCAGUUGUGGAUUACUUUGUUAAGAAUAAUUGGAAGCGGUUUGGGUUGCAAAAAUCUAUGAUGAACGCGAAUGGUUUUUUCUUCUUUAAGUUUGGUGAUCAAGCGGGUAUGAUGAAUGCUCUUAAUGAAGGUCCGUGGAUGAUUCGUUCACAACCGAUGUUUUUGGAAGUUUGGUCACCAUCGGUAAAACUUGUGAAAAAGGAAAUAAAAAAGGUAAAGGUUUGGGUUAAAAUUCAUGAGGUUCCUAUUGCUGCUUACAUGGAAGAUGGUUUGAGCUUGAUUGCUUCAGCAAUUGGGGAGCCUAAAGCUUUAGAUUCUUUUACAACAUCAAUGUGUGUUGAUGUAUGGGGUCGAAGUAGUUAUGCUCGUGCCCUUGUGGAGAUUUCAGCCGAGAAUGAGUUUAAGGAGGAGUUAGUCAUCGCGGUUCCAUGUUUGGAUGGAGAUGGGUUUGUGAAGGAGAAAGCUUAUGUUGAGUACGAAUGGUUUCCUCAUAGAUGUGGGCGGUGCUGCGUGUUUGGUCAUAAUGAGGAUGCAUGUCCGAAGCAAGUUACUCGUGUACCCAUGAGUGGAAAUAAAGGCGUGGAUAGUAAAAAGGUAGCUAGAAGGACUGGUUUUCCAGUUAAUAAACCAAAACCGAAGUUUGAGUAUAGACCGGUGGCACCUAAAGUGCAGGUAAAUCCGAAUGUUCAACCCAAACCGCCCAAUGGGGUGGCUGUGAAGAAUUCCUUUGAUGCUCUAAGGUAUGAAAAAGGGGAGUCUAGUAAAGCUGGUGAUGAUCUGGGUAGUGAUCAGGAGGAGUCAGAUGAUGAGGAAGUAACAGAGGUUUACAAUGAAACAAAUGAAUUUAUUAGAGAGGACAACCAUGGAACUACAACCAAAAAAGGGGCAAGCACUCCAGUUUCAGUAGUUUUAAAUGCAAACUAUUAUGUGACGCGUCGGGAGUUGUGGCAACAUUUGAAAAUGCAUAAAGCGUUGGUUAGGAAUGAUCCUUGGGUUAUAAUGGGGGACUUUAAUUCAGCUCUUAACCUAGAAGAUAAAUCCAUGGGGGUCUCUACUAUUUCUCAAGGUAUGCGAGAGUUCAAGGAGUGUGUGGAGGAAAUUGAGAUGUUUGAUGUUAACCGUGUAGGUAUGCACUUUACAUGGAAUCAAAAGCCGAAAAAUGGGGUGGGUUUACUAAAGAAAAUUGAUCGUGUUUUGGGUAACAAUGCUUUUAUGACAGAAUAUCCGGAAUCGGUGGCUAUGUUUCAACCGUAUGGUAUCUUGGAUCACUGCCCAUGUAUUUUAAAAUUUCCAAAGGUUGUGAACGUGAAACCGAGACCAUUUAAAUUCGCAAAUUUUUUGGUUCAUAAGCCAAAGUUCUUGGAUAUAGUUAAAGCUGAAUGGGAUACUUCUAUCAAUGGUGUUUAUCAGUUCCAAGUUAUGAAGAAGUUGCGGAUGUUGAAAUCUCCUCUCAGGGCCCUUUUAUUUGCUCAAGGAAACUUGCAUAAAAAAGUGGUGGAUCUCCGUGAAAAGCUUGGGAGUCUUCAAAAGGCUAUUGAUCAGGAUCCGACAAACGAAGAAGCUUGUCUUGAUGAAGAAAUAUUCUUGAAACAAAAAUCCAAAGUGGAGUGGUUGCGAGCGGGUGAUUCGAAUUCUGCUUAUUUCCACAUGUCGCUUAAGAGUAGGAAUCACCGAACCCGGUUAGAUGUAAUCACUGAUGCAAAUGGCACGACUUAUGAGGGGGAUAAAGUCCCUGAUGUCUUAGUCCAUUAUUAUGAGAAUUUCUUGGGAUGUCAUGGUCAAGUUUCUCUAGAUCCUUCCCCUGAGUUGUUUACGGAAAAGUUAGAUGCGUAUCGGGCUAGUCAUAUGAUUCGACCUAUAACUCUUGAGGAAGUAAAGACAGCUAUGUUUUCUAUUGGAAACGAUAAAGCGCCAGGGCCUGAUGGGUUUACAGCUGCUUUUUUUUAA